AUGACUUCUGUAUUUCGAGAAACUGUGCUUGAAGACAACUUACCAUCAGAUGAAUGGCGUGAAGAUGUUGUAUUAAAUACAGCGCUCAAUUAUACUAAGUUUUCAAGUUGGGAUAAUGAUUUAGAAGAUUUAGCUAAUAGACAAGUAGUAGCAUGUAAUUUAAGUAGUGAAUAUAAAAAAGCUGAAGUGGAAAAAGAAUAUCGUGAUACAAUUGGUAUAAAUACAGCUGAUAAUCUAAAUGUUUUAAAUGCCAUGGAAACUUGGUUCAAUGAAUAUCAAUUAUAUGAUUACACAAAGAAUAAAUGCAAAGUACCUAAAGAUUGUCUCCAUUAUAAAAGGAUUGUAUGGGGUAGCGCUGAAUUUAUAGGUUGCUCAACUGGAUAUUGUAGUGAUCUAACUGAAGUUAAAUCAGGCAAAAUAAUUGUGUGUUAUUAUUCACCCAUGGGUGAUGUGCAAACGUCACGGCCAUAUGAAGACAAUAAAAUUGAUCCUUGUCCUCAUCCUCCUCCAAUAACCACAACAACCACAACAGCAACGAGAAAGCCAAUUACAGUAACUAGAAAAUUACAAAUGGGUCCUUAUGGUCGUUAUCGCUGUAACUGUAAAUGUCAACCUUAA